CGCUUGAGUGCCUUUUGGCUGGAAGUUACAGGAAGAUCAGAAGCGUAGCUGGCGUGAGUGGCGGCGGCAGCGGUAGUAACCAAGCCGGAUUUGCGGGCUGGGGGUUGCCUCUCGGGCGCCUCUUUCGUGCCCCGGGCGCAGCGACGAGGCGAGAAGAGGCGGGGUUGGCCGUCGCCGCGCCGCGUGAGUUAUGUCUGCUGAAUGGUUUUCUUCUCCCUAAACUUUCCCUAGCCAUUUGAGAUUACUACCUUGGAUCAAAAGCAAGAUGUUGCCUACCACAUCAAUUAAUCCCCGAGAUCAGGGCAAUGGACCUUUAAAUACUAGAGCAUCAGCAAGACACACAGCAGGGGCAAAGCGCUAUAAAUACUUGAGGAGACUCCUCCACUUUCGUCACAUGGACUUUGAGUUUGCUCUAUGGCAGAUGUUGUACCUAUUCACUUCACCACAGAAGGUGUACAGAAAUUUUCAGUAUAGGAAACAAACAAAAGACCAGUGGGCCAGAGAUGACCCUGCUUUCCUUGUGUUGCUGAGUAUCUGGCUGUGUGUAUCCACUAUAGGGUUUGGCUUUGUGCUAAGCUUGGGAUUCGUUGAAAUGAUAAAGCUGCUGCUGUGGGUUGUUUUUAUAGACUGUGUAGGAGUUGGCCUUCUAAUUGCAACUUUAAUGUGGUUCAUUUCCAAUAAGUUCUUGCUAAAGCAUCCGAACAGAGACUAUGAUGUAGAAUGGGGAUAUGCCUUUGAUGUUCAUUUGAACGCUUUCUACCCACUUCUUGUCAUCCUGCAUUUCAUCCAGUUGUUUUUCAUUCACUAUGUAAUUUUAUCAGCUUCAUCUCUUGGCUAUAUUGUUGGGAAUACUUUCUGGCUGAUUGCAAUUAGUUACUACAUCUACGUGACAUUUCUAGGGUACAGUGCACUGCCGUUCCUGAAGAACACCGUGAUCCUUCUGUACCCGUUUGCGCUUCUCAUCCUGAUGUAUGUGAUUUCAUUAGCAAUUGGAUGGAAUUUCACAAAAGCACUUUGCACUUUCUACACAUAUAGAGUAAAAUAAACUGGUCUCCAAUAAAUGGCAUCUUGGGCAAAUGUCAACCCUGGUGAGAUGAAGAUACUCUUGUACAUUCCUGUAAAUAACUUAUUCCUCACUGUAGAUCGGUGUAUACAAAAUAUUUGGUUUUUUAAAAAAUGUAUUGACAGCUUCUGACAAUAAUUCUGUAUUCUUCUCUAUCCCUCCCUUGUGGAAGAGUUGUAUAUCUCUGUAAUAAAGAUUUUUUUAAAAUC